AUGGGAAUAGAUGCGCGGCCUUCGAAGUCUGCACGGUUUGUUUUUCUCUUCAAGAUAAUUACUCCUGCAGGACAUGAACCAUCGAUUGAGUUUUUCCUCUCUGUAUCUGCGAUUGGACAAUGGCCUGCGGAUGGUAAGGAUUCUCCGCAUGCUCUCUCCAUCAAAAGAGUCAUGAACAUCCGUUAA